GGUACUGUAGCCAUAUAGAGGCUGAGAGAAUCCUGUGGACAUCCUUGCUCACUGGGAUUAGGUUGAAUGAGUUGACUAUAAACAGUUUGUUUUACAUAACAGCUAGUAAUUGAGUCAGCACUGUGUAAACUAACUCUAAAAUAGAUGCUGAAAACGAAAGGCAUAAUUUAAAAUAGCCUACAGUCACGCAUAGUGGAGUAUUUUAUUUUUCUAAUCGGAUAGGUGUCAAUUGUCAGUCGUUACGUAGAAUAGCGCAAGCUAACAGCUACGUUCAUUAUGUCAGUAGUAGGUAUUGAUGUGGGUUUCCAAAAUUGUUACAUCGCUGUUGCCAGAAGCGGCGGCAUUGAAACCAUUGCCAAUGAAUACAGUGACAGAUGUACGCCGGCUUGGGUGUCUCUGGCCUCCAAAAACCGCACCAUUGGAAAUGCAGCCAAGGGUCAAAUUAUAACAAACUUCAAAAACACAGUCCAUGGCUUCAAGAAGUUCCAUGGCAGAGCGUUCGAUGACCCAUAUGUCCAGGGGGAGAAACCCAAGUUGCCUUACAGCUUGCACAAGCUGGCCAGUGGCAACACUGGAAUCAAGGUGCGUUACCUGGAUGAGGACAAAGUAUUCACAAUUGAGCAGGUAACAGCAAUGCUGCUGACCAAGCUGAAGGAAACUUCGGAGAGCGCCCUCAAGAAGCCAGUUGUGGACUGUGUGAUCUCUGUCCCAAGUUUUUUCACCGAUGCAGAGAGGAGGUCUGUGAUGGAUGCCACCCAAAUUGCAGGGUUGAACUGUCUGCGUCUGAUCAAUGACACCACGGCAGUGGCCCUGGCUUAUGGGAUCUACAAACAGGACCUGCCCACCCCUGAAGAGAAGCCACGCAAUGUGGUGUUCGUGGACCUGGGACAUUCAUCAUUCCAGGUCUCCAUAUCAGCCUUUAACAAAGGCAAACUCAAGGUCCUGGCAACAGCCUUUGACCCCUACCUGGGUGGGCGUAACUUUGAUGAGGCACUUGUGGAUAACUUCUGCGAGGAAUUCAAGGCAAGGUACAAGCUCAACGUGAGGGAGAACCCCAGGGCUAUUCUGCGGCUGUCUCAGGAAUGUGAGAAACUGAAGAAGUUGAUGAGCGCCAAUUGCUCUGACCUUCCCAUUAACAUCGAGUGCUUCAUGAAUGACAUUGAUGUGACAGGCAAGAUGAACAGAGUCCAGUUUGAAGAACUGUGUGCACCCUUUUUGAUGAGAGUAGAGGCACCAUUGAAAGCAGUUAUGGAACAAUCAAAGCUGAGCCGGGAUGAGAUCUAUGCAGUGGAGGUGGUAGGAGGAGCCACCAGGAUCCCUUCCAUUAAAGAGAAGAUCUCCAAGUUCUUUGGCAAAGAUGUCAGCACCACACUCAAUGCAGAUGAGGCUGUGGCACGUGGCUGUGCUCUUCAGUGUGCAAUUAUGUCCCCAGCGUUUAAGGUGCGUGAAUUCUCUAUCACUGAUGUGGUUCCCUUUCCCAUCACCCUGCGUUGGAAGUCCCCCACAGAAGAUGGAGUUGGAGAAUGUGAGGUGUACAGUAAGAACCAUGCAGCACCCUUCUCCAAAGUCAUUACCUUCCACAAGAAGGAGCCCUUUGACUUGGAAGCAUUCUACAGCCUCCCACAGGAGCUGCCUUACCCGGACAUCAGGAUAGGGCGUUUUUCUGUUCAGAAUGUGGUUCCCCAGCCUGAUGGAGAGAGCUCCAAAGUGAAGGUCAAAGUGCGUGUCAACGUGCAUGGCAUCUUCAGUGUUUCCAGUGCCUCCCUGAUCGAGAAGCAGAAGGGUGAAGGAGAGGAUGUUCAGAUGGACAUGGAACCCACUGUGCAGAAUGAAGGAAGGCCAGAGGACCAGACUAAAAUGCAGGUGGACCAGGAGAGUCAAGGCCAGGGGGACCAGCAGAAUGAGGAUGUCAGUUCCUGCAGUAAGGAGAGAGUCCCUGAUGAGAAGCAGGACCCAGCAGCAGGGGGAAGCAAGCCCAAAGUCAAAGUGAAAAGCACUGACCUUCCCAUCCUGGCCAACAUCAUCAGACAGCUGGACAGGGGGGUCCUCAAUGACUUUGUGGAGUAUGAGAGCCAGAUGAUCGUCCAGGACAAGCUGGAGAAAGAGAGGAAUGAUGCUAAGAAUGCUGUGGAGGAGUAUGUGUACGACCUGCGGGACAAACUGUGUGGCAUCUAUGAGAAGUACACCACUGAGGAGGACAGUAAUCGUCUGACAAUGAUGCUCGAAGACACAGAGAACUGGCUUUAUGAGGAGGGAGAGGACCAAGACAAACAGGUCUAUGUGGAUAAGCUGGAAGAUCUCAAGAGGUUUGGCCAGCCCAUUCAGGACAGGCACAGGGAGCAGGAGGACAGGCCGAGAGCAUUUGAAGAAAUGGGCAAGAAGAUCCAACUCUAUAUGAAGGCUGUGGAGCUUUACAAACAGAAGGAUGAACGUUACCAGCAUCUGAAUGCUGAGGAGAUGAGCAACGUGGAGAAGUGUGUAAAUGAAAGCAUGGGCUGGAUGAACAGCAAGAUGAACGCCCAGAGCCAACUCACAAUCGCCCAGGGCCCAGUAGUCAAAGUAGCAGACAUAAUUUCCAAAAUACAGGAACUGGAUGAAGUAUGCAACCCAGUGGUCAACCGGCCGAAGCCCAAAGCAGAGGAUGUGUCAGAGGAGAACUACAAGAGCAACGGGGCCCAUAACGGCCCAAGGCAAGGAGCUGACGGGAAGGGAGAGGCAAAGGGAAGCAACCAGACAAAGCCUCCCUCAGGAGAGAUGGAGAUUGACUGAGCCCCUCUCUGCCAAACAAGCUCUGCUGCCAUUACUCUAGCUCCCAUCAGAGCAGGUCUACCCAAACAUACAUAGUAUAUCAAGGAACCAUUUUUCCAUGUCCACCACCACUCAGUGGGCUGUUUUGUGCAUUUGUAUUUAGAGUCCCCCUGUUUGAUUUUUACCUCCUUCUUGAGUGGUUAGACAAGACCAUAUAUAGUCAUUAACUGUAAGAUUAGAUAGAUUAAAACAAUGCAGGCUCUCCCAAAAGUUGUUUUUCUAAACCAUACGUGUUUGCAUUUCAAAAGUCCCAUAAGCAGAUCUCUAAGGUGACUCUUAUUGCACAUAACCUUGUAGUGGAACAUAAGUAGAAUUACUGUCUGAACAAACGCUAAGGCUGAUUAAACUAUUAGUAAACUGUGUAUGCAAUAAUACAUAUUAUAUAUAUUUGUAUUUAAUAUAUUAAUUUGAAAAGAUGUCUGUAUGUCUAGAUUCUGUAAAUAUUAUUUUAGUAAUUUAAACUGGCCAGUGCAUAUAGUUGUGUAUAGGAUACAUUCCUAGUGUUGAAAUGGGUGACACACCACAACUGUCAAGUAGCAAGACAAGAGAGCAAGGUGCUGCCUAUUCUUUUACUUGUUUUCAUGCAUUUCCAUAUUUGAAUCAUGAGAUUUUAAAACGGCAAGUAAUAAAUGCAUUAUUUUGUCUUUAGACAAAC